GAGGCUGGUGCUCAGUUUAGCAGAAUUGCAGUGCAUUGGACUGUACAGAGCAGAGAGUAGCAUCCACACUGUCUAUGAGGGUGGGGUCCGGCUGCACUGGGAGCAGAAAACACAGCCGAGCAGAGGGAGAGAAAGGAGAAGAAAUAAGGAGAGAAGAGGAGGGAGAGCUAGCAGCAGAAGAGGAACACAACAAGGGAUGAAAGGAGACACCCCUGUGAACAGCACCAUGAGUGUCGGUCAGGCCAGGAAGCUGGUGGAACAGCUGAAGAUUGAAGCCAGUUUUUGUCGGAUCAAGGUAUCCAAGGCAGCUGCAGAUUUGAUGGCUUACUGUGAUGCACAUGCCUGUGAGGACCCCCUCAUCACCCCUGUGCCCACCUCAGAAAACCCCUUCAGGGAGAAAAAGUUCUUCUGCGCCCUCCUCUGAGCACGACUCCGGAAGAAUGGAAUUAGCCUCAUUUAGAUGAUUCUGAUUUGUGUACACACAUACAAACACACACACACAUGCAUACAUAUAUACACACACUCACAAAUCUAACACAAAAUAUCACACGUGAAAGUUUUUACAUUUCUGGCUCUAUAAAAAGUGUGUUUCCAGAAUUUUAUCAUUUUAAAGUGGCCAAGGCUGAGCAUUCAUAACUUUAAGACCUGACGUGUGGAUAUUUUGUGUUAUUUUCUGUGUUCUUCAAGAGACGCUGUGUCUCUGUGAAAGGGGCUCUGUAGUAGGCAGAAAUUAACAACUACUACAUCAUAUAGGGUUAACAAACACACACGAUUUUUCUAAACCAUGAAAAGGAAACAGGUGAUGGGAUUGGAUGUUUUAAUUAUUUCAACUUUUAUUACACAUUUAAAUAAUAUUUUUUUUGCUUUAGUGAGUUUGUCCCUCACAUGCUAAAUAAUUGUGAUUUAUAAAUUCUGUAUAUUUGGAUUUUCGCUUUAAAGUAUCCCUUGAAACGACUGUGUGCUUGUAGACUAACGAGAGGGAAGAGUGUUUGAUUGUUUGGAUGUAUUGGUCAACUGUAAUGCACGAUCAUCUGAAACAUGUUAAUAAGGGGUUUGCGAAAUGGAAACAGCUAGGAAGAACCCAAUAUGCCGUAUGGAUUUAAGUUUUGGCUCUCCGUUUGUUAUCAGAAUGCCCAUUGUGAACAGUAUCAGAUGACUGGUUUAAGAGUCUUACUGCAAACAUAAAACCUUUUUGUGGUCCAACCUGGGGGUUUACAAAAAUACUGGGUACAGAAUCAAGAGAAAAUAAAGUAAAUGCUACCAAGACAGGCAA